AGGCGGCGGACAAUGCGUUGAAGUGAAUGAGCAGCUGUGUGUGAACACUACAACAGUACAACAGGGCCUUACAGCCGGAGCUGCUGUCCGAGCAACGAUGGGACGAAUAUAACGAGCCUUUUCUACAUGUUAUUAACACGGCGAGGUCAUUGAGAAAAAAAUGGAGGGAAGAAAUUUUGGCUACUCCCGAGACUAUCUUGACCGCUUCAUCCAAAGUCAAGACGCAUCUGUGGUGAACAAGUUCCAGCAGAAGUACUGGAAAACCAAACAGACGCUCAUCAAGGUCACCGGGAAGAAAGAGGACGAACAUGUGGUGGCGUCAGAUGCAGAUCUGGAUGGCAAGCUGGAGGUCUUCCACUCCAUCCAGAGAACAUGCAUGGAGCUGCUAAAGGUCAUCGAGCAGUACCAGAGGAGGAUCUGCCUCCUUUCCGAAGAGGAGAAUGAGCUGGGUCGUUUCCUGCGCACCCAGGGUUCACACGACAAAACCAGGGCUGGAAAGAUCAUGCAGGCCACUGGAAAAGCCCUCUGCUUCUCCUCCCAACAGAGAUUGGCUCUGAGGAAACCUCUGUGCCGUUUGUACCAGGAGGUCGAAACGUUUCGCUAUCGGGCUAUUUCAGACACGUGGUUGACGGUGAAUCGAAUGGAGCAGUCCAGGACCGAAUACCGGGGCGCGCUGCUCUGGAUGAAGGAUGUAUCUCAGGAACUGGAUCCAGAUACUCAAAAACAGAUGGAGAAAUUCCGCAAGGUUCAAGCCCAGGUGCGCACUUCCAAAACAAGCUUUGACAAAUUGAAGAAUGAUGUCUGCCAGAAAGUGGACCUCCUGGGAGCCAGUCGCUGCAACCUCCUCUCUCACGUUUUAACAACAUACCAGACAACACUUUUGCACUUCUGGGAGAAGACGUCCCACACUAUGGCAGCCAUUCACGAGAGCUUCAAGGGCUCUCAGCAUUAUGAGUUCUCCACAAUUAAGACUUUACAAGACCCCAGCAAAAAGCUGGCUAAAAAGAAUGGAAAGAAGAAAAUCAAAACAGAGAUAGAAGAGAGACCAGAGACCACAGACGACCAACUCAUCUCACUAGUAAAUGAAAACACCAGCGAUAAGACCAAAGGGAAUGAAAAGCCUCUCUCUGCCUAUCCAGAGUUAGAGGGAGAGGAUAAGGACAGCAUGGCCUUACUGAAUGAGAUCCUGGGCAGUAUGUCGGUGGAUGAGGGAGACUUCUCUCGAGAGUGGACGGAAGUGUUUGGUGACACAGAGGAGGGAAUGAGUGCAACAUCAGGUAGACCAGCAGAGGCCCAGCAAAAGGAGAAUUCCUUCUUUCUACCAUCUCAGCUGCUGGACCAGAGCUUGAAUAAUCUGCAGUCUUCCCUCUCAGAUUGGGCCAGGGUCAUUCCACAGCCCGUCGCCCAAGCAACACAGCACUCAUCUGGAGCCAAUCAGAAACCUUCUAAACCAGCAGUGAAAGAGACAACAGGAACGUCCAAAGACCUCUCAGCGUGGUUCAACCUGUUUGCUGACUUGGACCCCCUCUCCAAUCCUGAUGCAGUCGGCAAAACUGACACAGAACACGAACUUCACAACGCUUAGUUUCUUCCUCAGUAUCACGGUGAUCUUUAAAUGGGUACCUUUGUUCGUGGGCCACGGCAGGAUGUAGCUGCCACCGUGACCAGAGACAAAUCUGACCAGCCACACACACACUAAUGUCUUUUCUUUAAACUUCAACUAGAUACAGAGCUUAAACAAUUAGUCAGUUAGUCAAGUUAUUUCCAGUGGCGGAAGAAGUACUAAAAAUUUUUACUCAAGUAAAAGUACAGAAGUAUUAGCAUAAAAAUAUGCUUACACCCUUUCAGAAUAAUGUACAUUAUCGGAUUAUAAUUAUUGAUAGAUUAAUGUGUACAUCACUUCAAAAUUAGCCCCAUAUUUACCAGCUGCAACAUUAAUUACUUUAGAUACGACUAAGUAGCUUCAAUGAAUCAAUAAAGUUUCCCCAUAAUAAUACGUCAUAAAUUAUUUGUUGAUAGUAUAUAUAUAUUUUUUUGUCAAUAGUGCAUGGCAACAUUCACGACAUUCCCAAUUUAUUCUUGAAAAGCAUAAAUAAAUAAAUCUGUCCUUGUUUUUUUUUUUCCCCCUUAAUGUGGCCCUACUACUCUGUUGAGCACUGUUACUUAAGUUUAGUAACUCUGCACCACUGGUUAUUUUUCAAGCAAAAACAUUAGAUGUAAAGCUGGUUCCACAUUUUUUAUUUUUUUUAUAUCAUAUAUGGCAGUAAACUGAACAUCUUUGGGUUUUGGACUGUUGAUCAGAAAAUCAAGCAAAUUCUAGACAUCAUCAUGGAAAUUAUAAUUGGCAUUUUCACGUAAUCAGUAACUAGAGCCCUAACUGGAUCUUUUUCUUGUUAUAACAAUAUGCAAAAAGUUCCCUUUAUUAUAAUGACAAUGUGCAUGUUACUUGUCAUGCUUCGUAUUAUUAAAAGAUACACUGAAAUGUAAUAACAAGAAACUAAACAAACAAGGCUGGUAUGUUAUAAUAAUAUAAUUUCAGAUCAUUAACGUUUCUUAAUACCCAUCAUGAGACAUAAUGAGAUGAUUGUUAUAACAAGAGACAUUUUUCUGUCCUUACAAGAAAUUGAUCAGAUUUUUUUUCUCAUGGUGGCAGUAUUACGCUGCUGCAAGUGUCCCACUAACAGCUACCAGCUCUCGUCCUUUCCACUGUGAAAGGAAAACAUUUACAAGACAACUUUAUUAAGCCUGUUGGCUAUUUCACUCAGUUAAACGUUUAAUGUUUAGCAUGGAUACCUCAGUAUGAGUUUGGAACAAAAAGCCUUUGACAUUAGCUGCCUUGGAAAACUGUAGUCUCUAGUAGCAUUCAUGCUUUAUUUCUGAUUACUGAAGACCGCAGACAGGCAGAGCUACGUUGUGAGAUACAACAGUGGAAAGAAAGCAAACUUGACAAAGAUCAAGGUGCAAUAGUUGAUGUGUUUACAAAAUACUGUAACAUGUUGAGUGAAGCAAAGUUUAUGCAGUCAGAGAUAUAUAAAAAUAAAGUACAUUUUUCUGCCAUCCAUCUGUUACACACUUCAAGCAGUUAACUGAUCAGAAUUAUUGGAAACUAUUUCAGACCACAUUUUGUGAACUAGGUACAUCUUGAAGUUGUUUCUUUCUUCAGACAGAAAAUGGGUUUCCUUUUUAAGAUUAAAAUUUGUUUGCUA